AUGAAUCAUAGGGUGUGCUCUAUCCUAGCAACAAGCACCUGGAUGUGUGGGUGUGUUCAUGCUACCAUCCUGACCUCCCUUACUUUCCAGUUACCUUAUUGUGACCUCAACCAAGUAGGCUACUAUUUCUGUGACAUUCCUGCUGUCUUACCUUUGGCCUGUGCAGAUACAUCUUUAGUCCAGAGGGUUAGUUUCACUAAUGUUGGUCUUUUGUCUCUCAUAUGCUUCUUCCUCAUUCUCAUCUCCUACACUUGCAUUGGGAUCUCCAUAUCAAGGAUUCGCUCCACAGAAGGUAGAAGGAGAGCCUUUUCCACUUGUAGUGCACACCUCACAGCAAUCCUUUGUGCCUACGGACCUGUCAUCAUCAUCUAUCUACAACCCACUCCCAGUCCCUUGCUUGGCUCAGUGGUUCAGAUGUUAAAUAAUCUUGUGACUCCCAUGUUGAACCCCUUGAUCUACAGCUUAAGGAAUAAGGAUGUGAAAUUUGCCCUCAACAAAGUGUUAAAUAAAAUGGGACUCAUUGUUGAGAAUGAGUAA